AUGCCGUCAUCAUAUUCAUUCAAUCCGGAGGAAACAAGAUUGCCUGAAUCCGACGGCGAAUGGUCUGAGCCCGAAUCCGCAGACGAAGAUGGCCUGUUCAAAGAUCUCAACAAUUGCGAGGCCCCCAGUUUAUAUGGACUGUCGCCAGCCUUAAAUUCCCUAGGGAAGAGUAAUUCCGUCUCCCAUGCGCAAGCGACCGCCGAACGACUCGGCUCUCUAGACCUUAAGGCCCACGAAUAUACCAUUGCCGGGAUCAACAAUAGUGAUAAGAAGGUUCACCACGAAUUCAAGUUACUAUAUCUUGAGGAGAAUCGUUUCAAUGCUCAAGAGGCUGCUGUACUUGAGGAUAAGUUUCAGAAAAAAGUCAGAUGCAUAUUCGCGGUUAGGCAAGCCGAGGAGGCUAUGCGAGCGAAGUUGGAGCGCGAAGAGCGGGAGAAGCGCGCCGAGAUCGCUCGGAGAGCCGCGGAAGAAAGGGCUCGAUACGAAGAGGUGCAACGGCGUCAACGAGAACAGCAAGAAGAAUUAGAACGCAGGCGAAAGCAGGAAGAAAUGGAACGGAUUGAGUUCGAACGCCAGCAACGAGAGCGGGAAGCAGCACAUUUGAAGCAACAGGCGGAAAAAGAUGCUAGGGAUCAGGCUGCACAUGAAAAGCAGCAACAGCAACAGCAACAGCAGCGACAACAGCAGCAGCAACAACAACAACAACAGCAACAGCAACAGCAGCAAGCGCAGCCGCAACAACAACAAUACACUGGUCCUUCGGUUUAUGGACGGAAAAAUAUUAGCGUUGAAUCGACUGCUGUCAGCAGGGUCCUAGCUGCUUUGAAAAAGGUUCGACAAGAUGUCGACAACGAACCGCAGUUUAUGAAGAGUAAGAAUCUUAUGGCCAUACGUCGUGAUUUGCGUCCAAAGCUGGGACAGCUCAAUGGAGAGAAGACGCAGACAGUCGCAGUUCGUGAAUUUUACAAAAAAACCUUCAUGGAUCUUCUUAACGAUACAAACGGACCCAAAGUCCUCGCGAGUGGCUUCUUUCUCGCCCCUAAUGAACAAAGCAAUGUUCCUAUUCCUAUCGCCUUUGUUUGGGCUGUCAAUGAACUCGCAAAACUACUGGUGAAGCAAGUUGAAGCCGAGUGCUCUAUUAAACCCGAAACAGCCGAUCCCCUUGGUAUCACUAUCAUCGCUACAUUUGCUGGCGACGGAUUAACUGUGAACGGCAAUUCGUUUAUCGACAUUAUCCUUGCACGACUUCUUAAAAGCAAUCCAAUCUUGAGGGGUGAGCUUGGGCCGGAAGACACGGAGAAGGACAGAAAACGAUUGGGUUGGAAAGUUGACGAAGAAGGUACAUGGGAGGCUGAGGAGGCGCAUAUCAAUUCUCUUGUAGGAUUGACAGCAGGUUAUGCCGCUAUCGCUGGAAGGGAUUUCGGCGGUUCAAAAAUGAUCAACCCCUAUCCGAUCUUUAACCUCUGGCAUGCAGUCGCCUUCUUGCUAAACCAACCUAUGAACCUGCUUACCAACUCGCAUUUCUUUGUCAUGAAAACACUAUUGCAGGUCGGUGCUAAAAAGCUUGUCGGUGUUUAUGGGCACCAGGCCAAGAAACUCGUCGAGCUGUGUAUCACCGAGUGGGCGAUCAAAGGUGUAGAACUUGGCCUCGGUGGUGCACAGGCUGUGAAAGCAUACGGCAAAUACUUAAGAGAGGAAGACUGGUGGAAGAAUUCUUAA